AUGAAUUUUGAAGAAUUUGGAGAAUUGGCUAGCCAACUCAUUCAAGCCAAUCAUGCUAAACAAGCUUUGCAGGCUCUGAACAAACAACAAAAGAUGUUUAAAACGUUAUUAUCUCAGCGUUUGCUUCCAAAGGAAGGCUAUUCCGAUCAACAAAUUGAAGCAUUGCUUUCUCUUUUUGCUUCAAUGGAUACAAAUAAUUAUGAAAAUCAUACCGGAAUUGGAGAGAGAGAAGGACGUGUAUUCAGCAAUUUAGUGAUGAAGAGACAUUUUCAUUUGAGCCAUGGAAUUGGAAGAUCAGGAGAAUUGACUUCCAAUCAACCAAAGGCAGCAGGAUCAAGCAUGAUUUUGCAAUUGACAAAUUAUUUAGUCAAUCACGCGUUGCAAAUUGCUGGAUGUAGAAAUGCCAAAAAGUCCAUUGUUGUGCCUAUGUGUACUGGAAUGACUUUGAGUUUGUGUCUUAGGACACUAGCAAAUGAUAUCAAACAACCUAACAAGAAGUUUGUCAUUUGGCCAAGAAUUGAUCAACAAUCAGUUCUAAAAUCGAUUGACACUGCUGGACUGGUUCCUCUCGUCAUUGAAAAUAUUGUUAACGAAGAUGGAUCUAUUGAAGCCGAUAUUCCAGCAAUUGAGAAGAAGAUUCAAGAAGUUGGAGUAGAAAAUAUUCUAUGUGUCCUCUCGACGACGAGUUGCUUUGCACCACGUGUUCCUGAUAAUGUUUUUGAAAUUGGAAAAAUCUGUCACAAAUAUCAAAUUGGCCACAUUGUUAACAAUGCCUAUGGCGUUCAAUCCAAAAUCAUUAUGGAGAAUAUUAACAAGACAAUUGCAAGUUCAAAAUCUACCAUUACAUGUUUUGUUCAAAGCACUGACAAGAAUUUUAUGGUACCUGUGGGAGGUGCUGUUGUUGCAAGUGGAGGUGAAUGUGAGGAAUUUGUGGAUAAGGUCUCAAAACUCUAUGCCGGUAGGGCAAACAUGUCACCCAUAUUGGAUUUAUUUAUGACUCUGCUCUCGAUGGGAGAACGCAGAUGGAAGGAGCUUCUCUCAGAGAGGGAGGAACUAUUCCAAUAUUUCAUUAGCAAGUUCAAAACUGAAGAGACAACACCGAGCGAAAAUUCGAAUGCCAUCCACUCAUCCUUAUCGGAAAAUUCCCAAUCUAGUGCCAUUCAUGUUCAUACCAAACAGUCACUGACUGUCAAUACCACUGCUCCCUCUCAACAACUCAUCACAGGAUCCAACUCACGAAAUCAAAUCUCAUUUGCACUUUCUCUUCACUUGAGUAAGGAACAAGCACUGAGGUUGGGUGGUAGACUUUUCUAUCGGAAUUGUACAGGACCGAGGGUCGUUCUCAAAGACACAACAAAGACUGUGGUUGGUAUUGAUUUUGUGGGUUAUGGUGCUCAUACCAAUGAAUACCCUCAUCACUACAUAACCUUGGCGUGUGCGAUUGGGAUUCAAAAGUGUGAAAUUGACUCCUUUUUCGAUAUAUUUAAUAAGGAGAUUGGCACCUUAACGACCAAAUAA